AUGGCGGACAAAGAGUCGCGAAAACGUGCCAAAGACUCUGCAGAGAACAGCGCCGACGAACAAGAAGAAGAUGAUAUGAUUGGUCCCAUGCCGGCACCUCCUCUCAAAGCUAAGAAGAGGAGAGUUCUAGAGUUCGAGAAGGUUUACCUUUGUAACCUCCCAUCAGCCGAGUCCUACGAGAGGAGUUUUAUGCACCGUGAUCUCGUAUCGCACAUACUAGUCACUGUAACAGAAUUUCUUAUUACUGCAAGUUGUGAUGGCCACAUCAAGUUUUGGAAAAGACAAGAUGAUGGAGUUGAAUUUGUUAAGCACUUCAAAGCUCAUAUGGGAAUGAUUCAUUGUAUCGCCGCAAGUGCUGAUGGACAGGUCAUGUGUUCCACAGCUGAGGAUAAAUCACUUAAAGUGUUUGAUGUUGUCAAUUUUGAUAUGAUCAACAUGUUGAGAUUAAAUUACAUACCUGGACGAUGUGAGUGGAUUUUUCCGCCUGGAGCUGCUGUGGCUGCUGUUGCAUGCUCUGAGAAGGAGACUGGAAUGAUCUAUGUCUAUGAUGGAAGAGGGACCAGCGCACCCCUUCACACAGUGAAUUUUCAUACAAAACCAAUCACAUUCAUCAAGUACAAUGCUGUAUAUGAUGUGGCUGUGUCAGCGGAUGAGGCAGGCAUGAUAGAGUACUGGUCUGGCAUCAAACAUGAUGUACAGUUCCCUAAAAAUGUUGACUUUGAAUUUAAGACAGAUACAGAUCUCUUUGAAUUUAUUAUGUGCAAGACGUUUCCCAUAUCUUUAGCAUUCUCGCCAGAUGGUAAAUUAUUUGCUACACUGGCUAUGGACAGAAAGGUAAGAGUGUUCAGAUUUUUGACAGGGAAGAAAACAAGGGUUUUUGAUGAGUCACUGCAAGUCUUCACAGAGAUGCAACAGCAAAAACAACAACUUCCUGAUAUGGAAUUUGGCAGACGAAUGGCCACAGAAAGAGACUUAGAAAAGACAGAUACGUUGCGGUUCUGUAAUGUAGUGUUUGAUGAUAGUGGAUACUUUGUGCUCUAUGCCACAAUGCUAGGAAUCAAAGUUAUCAACCUUCACACAAACAGAUGUGUUAGAACAAUAGGCAAGAUGGAGAAUGUUCGCUUUGUUCAACUUGCUCUGCACCAAGGCAAGGCUAAGAAAAGUAAAGCUGCAGUCACAAUGGAAAUGGAGGCAUCUGAAAACCCUUCGCUUCAAUCAGUAGGCCCUGAUCCAAUGUUGUUCUGCACAGCAUCAAAGAAAAACAGAUUUUACAUAUUUUCAACUAGGCAGCCUGAUUUGAGUGGCGAAAGUGAUCGUGAUGUUUUCAAUGAGAAACCUUCCAGAGAAGAGAUUCUUGCGGCUACUCAGGGAUCCGAAGGGACAAAGAAGUUACCUGAACUGGCCACUCUCCACACAACAAUGGGUGACAUUACGUUUAAACUUUUUAGCCAAGAAUGUCCCAAGACCGUGGAAAACUUCGCAACUCACAGUGAGAAUGGUUAUUACAACUCGCACGUAUUCCAUCGUGUUAUUCAUCAGUUCAUGAUACAAACUGGUGAUCCAGAAGGUGAUGGUACUGGAGGGGAGUCUAUCUGGGGUGGUGAGUUUGAAGACGAGUUUCACAGAAACUUACGUCACGAUCGACCAUUUACAGUGAGCAUGGCGAAUGCAGGACCUAACACUAACGGCUCGCAGUUCUUUAUCACUGUCGUACCAACGCCGUGGCUUGACAACAAGCACACUGUGUUUGGCCGCGUCACCAAAGGAAUGGAUGUGGUACAAGAGAUAAGUAAGGUGAAAACAAAUCCAAAGGACGAUAAACCCUACGACGACAUCAAGAUUAUCAACGUGUCUCUGAAAGGCUAAGAUGACAUGAGUGCUGAGGAAAAGAAAAGUGCAUUUAUCACAGAUUUAUACCUCUUCUUCAUCAUGCUCACCGAUUCAGUUAAAAUGGGCGGACGAACAAAAUGGCAUCAUUCAGCUUAACCUUAAUAACGAGCGCAAUGUUUUUCAGGGUUAUGUGUGGAAGAGCGUGCCGAAGUGAAAGAAAACAAACAUGUUCGUUUAAUGUCGCGUGCUUAGAUUACGUCACACCCACAGGACAAUUUGUAAAGAACUCGGAAUCAGAGAGCGAAGUUCGGAAACUCACUGACGAAUACUUUCCAAACUUUUCCGUCAGGUUUUAGAGCGAGAAGCUGGAACAAGGCUGAUCAUCCUUAAAACGGAAAUAGGAAACAACAAUGCAGUAAUAACUACCUUUCAGACAACGCCUUGCUUUAUUUAAGACAAGUUGUCUCUUUUUAUUAAGAACACUCUUUUUGUAAGAUACAGUUUUUUAUAUAAAAUAAAUAACAUAUUGACCUUUA